GGCGUCUAGGACAGUCAUCCCAAGCCGCCGCGGUGGAACUGUGAUGGCCGGAGAGAUGACGAUCUUAGGAUCAGCUGUUUUGACCCUCCUAUUGGCUGGCUAUUUGGCACAACAGUAUUUACCAUUGCCUACCCCUAAAGUGAUUGGCAUUGACCUUGGUACCACCUACUGUUCUGUUGGGGUGUUUUAUCCUGGCACAGGAAAAGUAAAGGUUAUUCCCGAUGAAAAUGGGCAUAGCAGCAUACCCAGCAUGGUAUCCUUUACUGACAGUGAUGUCUAUGUGGGGUAUGACAGCUUAGAGCUGGCAGAUUCAAAUCCACAAAACACAAUAUAUGAUGCCAAAAGAUUCAUAGGCAAGAUUUUUACCCAAGAAGAACUGGAGGCCGAAAUUGGCAGAUACCCUUUUAAGGUUUUAAACAAAAAUGGGCUGGUUGAGUUUUCUGUGACAAGUAAUGAGACCAUCACCGUUUCUCCAGAAUAUGUUGGGUCUAGACUGUUAUUGAAGUUAAAGGAAAUGGCAGAAGAAUACCUUGGAAUGCCAGUUGUCAAUGCUGUUAUCUCUGUACCAGCAGAAUUUGAUAUAAAACAGAGAAAUGCAACUGUUGAAGCUGCCAACCUUGCAGGACUGAAGAUCUUAAGGGUGAUAAAUGAACCUACCGCAGCAGCUAUGGCCUAUGGUCUCCACAAGGUUGAUGUCUUUCAUGUCUUGGUGAUAGAUUUGGGCGGAGGAACGCUCGAUGUGUCACUGCUGAAUAAACAAGGAGGAAUGUUUCUGACUCGAGCAAUGUCUGGAAACAAUAAACUUGGAGGACAGGACUUCAAUCAGAGAUUGCUUCAAUACUUAUAUAAGCAGAUCCAUCAAAUAUAUGGCUUCCUGCCUUCUAAGAAAGAAGAAAUCCACAGAUUAAGACAGGCUGUAGAAAUGGUCAAAUUAAAUCUGACUCUUCAUCCAUCUGCUCAGCUAUCAGUAUUACUAACAGUGGAGGAAGAGGCAAUCAAGGGACCUCAAAGUAGUGACACUCAACUGCAACAUGACAGACUUUCCCCAGCAGACGGCCACCAUGGAAAUGGUGUGUUUGGAACUGACCUUUCUGAAGAGAAGAGUGGAGAGAAUCAUGUUUUAUUCGAAACAGAAAUAUCACGGCAGCUCUUUGAUACCCUUAAUGAAGAUCUAUUCCAGAAAAUACUCGUGCCCAUUCGGCAAGUUUUGAAAGAAGGCCACUUGGAAAAGAGUGAGAUUGAUGAGGUGGUGCUGGUUGGGGGCUCGACUCGUAUUCCUCGAAUCCGCCAAGUCAUUCAGGAGUUCUUUGGGAAGGAUCCUAACACAUCUGUGGACCCUGACCUGGCAGUGGUGACUGGAGUGGCUAUCCAGGCAGGGAUUGAUGGAGGCUCCUGGCCUCUCCAAGUCAGUGCUUUAGAAAUUCCCAAUAAGCAUCUGCAAAAGACCAACUUCAACUGAAUUGUGGGGAGUGAUUAUUUAUGAUGCUGUUGUGAUUAUUUUUUCUUCUUCACAGACCACCUCAAAAAAACUGUCUAGAAAAUAGUUAUUUGCAACGGGGAACAUUUAGAUAUGUGAAAGUUUUGUAUUUGUUUUUUUAAGAUUGAAUAUAGUAAGAUUGGCUUUAAUUGGUUUGGGAGAGAUUUCAUUCCAACACAUAUUUCUGGAGUUGAAAUAAAAGCCAUGGGUGGCUAUAUAUUUGAGAUUUUGGAUGUAGCUAAAACCAUAUGCACUUAAAAAUUUAUAUUUUGUAAACAUUAUCUAAUGCCAAAUAUAGACUUCCCGGUUCUUACUAAAUUGUAUUAGUAGGAGCUGGUAAUUUAAUUUUCUGGGUUAUCACAUAUAACUUAAUUUGAACUAUACUUGAAGACACAAUGUUGUCGGAUGUUUAUAUUGGUUGGCACAUAGCAGUAUUAAUGGAGUUGUGUAUAUAAUAAUUGUGAGUGUCAUAAUAAAUUUGAGUUUACAGGUAUCCUGUAAGUAUGCCCUAUUCACGUAAUUUGUAAUGUUUUUUAAAUGCUGGGUCAAUUGACAAAUUGGAUGUUUGUUUCUAAAAUAGCAAUUCUAUUCUUAAAUUUUAAUAUAGUAGAAAUACCCAGAUUAUAAUCAAGUUCCUUCAUCUGCUGUUCCUCAUUUGCUACUUGAAUUUCCCUGUUUCUCCCUGGUUAGAAAACAGUAAGGAAUUAGCAGGCGCAUUUUUUAAAUGUGUUAAUGUCACAAGCAAUUAUCUAAGACCUUUGAUAAAUAGGAGUAAUAAGCCCCAGUAUUUGUUUUAUGUUUUUAUUUUCAUAUUUACCUUGUGAGGCUGGAGUGAUAGUAUAAUGGGUAGGACAUUUGCCUUGCAUGCUUUGGACCAGGGUUCAAAAAUGAUCCCCAGUGGAUCCGCGGCACCCAACAUGGUUCUGAACAAAACCAGAAGUGAUUCAUGAGUGCAGAAUCGGGAGUAAGCCCUGCACACCACCUCCUGUGGUGCCCCCUGCCCCAACACCACCAAAAAAGAAAUGAAAAGAAAAAGAUUUACCUUGUGUUUAUACUGUUAAAUCAUCUUUGAUUCACCUUUUCUAUGUAAUUUCCCCAUGUUUGGUUUUAAAUGGGGAAAAUGUGUUGACCAAAACUCUUUUAAGGACUACCAUUUAAGAUCGUCACAUUGGGAUUAUUUUCAGCCUUGAGGUUGAUGUCAAUGAAAAUUUAUAAAUUUGUGAAUAUUGAAAGCAAUCUAGAAAUUUAAUGUUGAAGAAUAUGGGAAUGAUUUUACAAAUCAGCAUUUGUAGCAGUUUGUCUUGGUCUUGUUUAUUUUCUUUUAGAAAAAAAAAGACCAAGAAAGAAGUAGAGCCAUCCUGUUUCUGUGAUACCCAUCUUAUCUGAAGUUUUUUUUCUUAGUAGAGGUAUAUUCUGGUCAAUACUUUGGUUAGUGUAAAAAGCCUUAUCCAUUAUUGAAUUUGAAAGAAUUUUGAAUUUUUAUCACUGAAAACUUAUUUCAAGAACUCUGAGAUAUUUCAUCUUCUCAAUAAAAAGCUGAAUGUUAAUAUUUUCUUAGUAAUGAAAUUGCUGUAAAAAUAAAACCUAAGUUUAAUCAAAUACUUCUUUGUACAGUAAUGUCUGUAAUAGGAAACAGAAAUACAUAUGAUGUUGACACUUCAGAACUAAUGGAGAAAUCCAAAGAUGAUCCUUCACUGAAUUAUGAAAAUAUUCAAAUGCUCUCUUGGACUUUGCAUAAAUCUUCAAUAGAAACAAUUUUAAAAUAUUUUUGUUAAGAUCUUUAAGAGGAAAGCUCAAUUUAUCAAAAUUUCCAGAUUUAGUAUUAGCUGAUACCUAAAACAUUUUAUUGUACUUUUUAAAAAGCUUGACUGGAGCGAUAGCACAGCGGGUAGGGCGUUUGCCUUGCACGCGGCCAACAUGGCCGACCCGAGUUCGAUUCCUCCGCCCCUCUCAGAGAGCCCAGCAAGCUACCGA